CUUUAAUUGCUACACUUGAUGAUAUCAAAAUUAUAUAUAAAACAAAAAUUAGCUACUUCGUCACCAUUUUUAAUAUUGAUCCAUAUAGGAAGUCUUUUCUGCUGUGAAAACUGCCUGAAUAAGUAUAAGUAGCAAGAAAUAUAGUAAAACCAACUUUGUACUUAGCCUACAGAAAUCCUAGUUUUAAUAAGACGAAAAUUGGCUAUAGAGAAAUUUUUAAAGUUUUUUGUAUUGUAUUACAUGUCAUUAAUUCACCAGAUAUAAAACCGAAAACAUAAGAACCAAUUCAAAUGUUCAACUACAAGAAGAAGAAUAAUAACAAAGAUCUUUCGUAUAUUGUAAACCUUAUUUUUCCACCGAAUCAACAUCCAGGAAACCCAGUGUCGAUUUUUUUUACAACUAACAUCGAGAUAAAGCGGGAAAUUAGAAGAGUUUUGUAGCUGGGUGGAAAACAGAUUCCCUAAAGGCAAAUACGAUCCGCGCUUAUUGAUUAGUUACCUUUUCUUGCUUGUUUUUCAUGAUUUCAAUAACCAAAACAAACAUAAUUAACACAUGUACUAUUUUAAUGAGAGUGAGAUUUGGUGUUUAUUGAUCGAGUUGAAUUCGGGGUUUACUCUAAGCGAUUCGUUUGUUGGUUCUAAGCUUUGGUAUGAGGAGACCUUUUGAUAUCUUUAAAAAAAUCUUACUUAAUUAUAUCAUUUCAAAGUUAUUCAAGAGAGUUUUUUUUGAGUAAUCUAGCUGCUAAACAAUACACUAUAAAAUUAUGACGUUUUAUUUGGUAAAAGUAUUAUUUAACGUCAAAUUGAAAGCAGUGUAUAUUUCUUGAAGCGACCGAGAAGAUGUUGGUUCACACUCAGAAAUCAAAACGCCCUUCUUGUAUCCCUGUGAAGCAAGUUCUAUCGAGUAAUAUUUCCGCUAAGAAGAAGCCUCACACUAAUGCGACAAAUCAAAUUCGUCAAAACACAGCUGGAAUUAACAACGAUGUCAAUGAACAGAAAGAAUUUUCUAGAAAUCAACAACGCUCGGAAAAAGUUUUGCAAGCCAUAACAUCGGCAAUUGCUGACGGAGAUAGCAUUAUUUUAUCUCCGUUAAGUGAGCGUAGGCUCAUUGACACAGAGAUAACAAAUGGUGUUCCAGUUAUGCGUGCUCGAAAAAGUAAACAAAGUAAUGUUGCUAUGCAACGCGAUACAACGAGCAGACAACAACAAAGAUGUUUGGAACAAAACAAUCCACUUUUGAAAACUCAGUCAUUAAAUACGGAAAACGCAAAUGCAAAAAAACAGCAAAGCCAGAUGGCACACUUAAAACAAGAAAAUCGCGCCUUAAAGAAUCAUCUUAUGUUUGUUUACAAUCAAAGAAAUGAUACAACCUCAUUGGUUAAUGAAAAAGACCAAACCAUUCUAUUGGAUAAGACUGAUGAGAAACAACUCAAGCGUAAGAAAAUAGCGUUGCAAAAACGAUACGAAGAAGCAGUAUUGAAGUAUCGUUUGGAGAUGUUUCAAAAGCGCAGUGCAGAUUAUAAAGAAUUAAAAGAAGCCGCUACUUCUUACCUGGAAUAUAUUAGCGUGUUGGAAGAUGUCUUGAUUGAUCUUAAAGUUGAAAAUUGUUCAAAAUCAACAGCGUAUGAAGAUCUUCGGUUAAAAGUUGAAACUUUGCAAGAUCAACACGUUGCUAUGACGAAUUAUAUUAAUAAUAACUUGAAAGCGAAGGUGGACGACACUCUUAAAAAUUUUCACGUGCGUUUAGAAAAAGCUUUUGAGAAUUUACACAAGUUAAAAUGUGCGAAUAUGCAAAAGAAGUUUCGUUUGUUUCGGAAAUAG